AUGCAGCUGUACCUGGUGCUUCUCCUCAUCAGCUACUUGCUGACUCCGAUUGGUGCUGCCAUCUUGGGGCGCUGUACAGUGGCUAAGAAACUCUAUGACGGGGGCUUGAAUUAUUUUGAGGGAUACAGCCUUCAGAACUGGGUGUGCCUGGCUUAUUUUGAGAGCAAGUUCAACCCCUCAGCUGUCUAUGAGCACCCACAAGAUGGCUCCACUGGCUUCGGCCUCUUUCAGAUUCGUGACAAUGAAUGGUGCGACCACGGCAAGAACCUCUGCAGCGUCUCCUGCACCGCUUUACUGAAUCCAAACUUAAAGGAUACGAUUGCGUGUGCCAAGAAAAUCGUGAAAGGAAAACAUGGGAUGGGAGCGUGGCCCAUCUGGUCCAAGAACUGCCAGCUGUCUGAUAUUCUGGAUCGGUGGUUGGACGGUUGUGAUCUGUAGGCGCCUGCCUCAGCGGCCCU